CCCGGAAUUGUCAUUUCUUUGUUUCCGAAGGCGGAGGAGGCUCGGCGCCCCCCUCCUGACCCCCCUCCCCCCGGUACUGGCUCCAUGUCUGUGUGACCGGCCGCAGGGGUAGAAUCCAGGCCCGACGCAGGGCGGGCGGGCGGGCGGCGGCAGAGGUGAGAGGCAGCGGCGGCGCGGCGCGGGCACCGGCCCCCCAGCGGGAGGAUGAAGCGGCGGAACGCCGACUGCAGUAAGCUCCGCCGCCCCCUGAAGCGGAACCGGAUCACCGAGGGUAUCUACGGCAGUACAUUUUUAUACCUGAAAUUCCUGGUAGUGUGGGCACUUGUCCUUCUGGCCGACUUUGUCCUGGAGUUCCGAUUUGAAUAUCUGUGGCCAUUCUGGCUUUUCAUCAGAAGCGUCUAUGAUUCCUUCAGAUACCAGGGACUGGCCUUUUCAGUAUUUUUUGUUUGUGUUGCAUUUACAUCAAAUAUCAUAUGUCUCCUCUUCAUUCCCAUACAAUGGCUCUUUUUCGCUGCUAGUACAUAUGUAUGGGUCCAGUACGUCUGGCACACAGAAAGGGGAGUGUGUUUGCCUACAGUGUCCCUCUGGAUACUCUUUGUUUAUAUUGAAGCAGCAAUUAGAUUCAAAGAUCUGAAAAAUUUUCAUGUAGACCUUUGUCGUCCAUUUGCUGCUCACUGUAUUGGGUACCCUGUGGUGACUUUGGGCUUUGGCUUCAAAAGUUACGUGAGCUACAAAAUGCGGUUAAGAAAGCAAAAGGAAGUUCAAAAGGAGAACGAGUUUUACAUGCAACUUCUUCAGCAGGCCCUCCCUCCAGAGCAGCAAAUGUUGCAGAAGCAAGAAAAGGAAGCCGAGGAAGCAUCCAAAGGAUUGCCGGACAUGGAUUCCUCGAUCCUUAUACACCACAAUGGAGGUAUCCCAGCCAACAAAAAACUUUCCACAACGCUGCCAGAGAUAGAAUAUCGAGAAAAAGGGAAAGAAAAGGACAAGGAUGCCAAAAAACAUAACCUUGGAAUAAAUAACAACAAUAUUUUACAACCUGUAGACUCUAAAAUACAAGAAAUUGAGUACAUGGAAAACCAUAUCAACAGUAAAAGAUUAAACAAUGAUCUUGUGGGGAGUACAGAAAAUCUCUUAAAAGAGGACUCAUGCACUGCUUCCUCAAAAAAUUACAAAAAUGCUACUGGAGUUGUAAACUCCUCACCUCGAAGUCACAGUGCUACAAAUGGAAGCAUUCCUUCCUCGUCUAGUAAAAAUGAGAAGAAGCAGAAGUGCUCGAGCAAAAGCCCAAGUGCACAUAAGGACUUAAUGGAGAACUGUAUUCCUAACAACCAGCUGAGCAAACCAGACGCUCUGGUGAGGCUGGAGCAAGACAUUAAAAAGCUAAAGGCUGACUUGCAAGCCAGCCGGCAAGUGGAGCAAGAGCUGCGCAGUCAGAUCAGCUCUCUCUCAAACACGGAAAGAGGGAUCCGCUCAGAAAUGGGCCAGCUCCGACAGGAGAACGAGCUGCUGCAGAAUAAGUUACAUAAUGCUGUACAAAUGAAGCAAAAAGACAAGCAGAAUAUCAGCCAGCUGGAGAAAAAGCUAAAAGCUGAGCAGGAAGCCCGAAGCUUUGUAGAAAAACAGUUAAUGGAGGAGAAAAAGAGGAAGAAGUUAGAAGAAGCCACUGCUGCACGGGCUGUUGCCUUUGCUGCCGCAUCUAGGGGAGAGUGCACCGAAACCUUACGGAGUCGGAUCAGAGAGCUAGAAGCUGAGGGCAAGAAGCUCACAAUGGACAUGAAGGUGAAAGAGGAGCAGAUCAGGGAACUGGAACUGAAGGUUCAGGAGCUCCGGAAGUACAAAGAAAAUGAGAAGGACACCGAGGUGUUAAUGUCAGCACUCUCUGCCAUGCAAGACAAGACGCAGCACCUGGAGAACAGCCUCAGUGCAGAGACGAGAAUCAAGCUGGACCUGUUCUCUGCACUGGGUGAUGCAAAACGGCAGCUCGAGAUUGCCCAGGGGCAAAUCCUUCAGAAAGACCAGGAAAUCAAGGACCUAAAACAAAAGAUAGCCGAAGUCAUGGCUGUCAUGCCCAGCAUAACAUACAGUGCUGCCACCAGUCCCCUGAGCCCCGUGUCCCCCCACUACUCUUCCAAGUUUGUGGAGACAAGCCCCUCUGGACUCGAUCCUAAUGCCUCUGUCUAUCAGCCCCUGAAGAAAUGAAGGCCAGCUGUGUGUUUUCCCAACCAUUGGAACCAGAAGGCUUCAAAAGCAGCGUCUCUGGCGGUCAAGAUAAAAAUGUUGAUAUUGUGUUUUGUGGGAUUGUGUAUGUUGUCAUUUUUAAAGGGGGGGAAAUAACAUCCAAGUCUGAUGCCCAUCAGUUGUUCUUGUAAGUUUUUAGAAGACCUCACAGGACUUUGCAGUUUAUUUUUCUUGGCCAACACAUUAAAACCAUUCUUGGAUUUCAAGUAGCCAAUUUUGCCUUUUUAUAUAUUUUUACAUAGUUUCCUCUUGAAGGAAAAAAAAGCAGUUUUUGCUUUUCAACUCUGUUUUGUUCUUAAAUAAGCAAGAAAAUUGCAUGUUGUGUUCACACAAUGACAACAAAAGCUUAGUUUCUUGCAGAAGAGGGCUAAAUGACCCGACACAGCUCUGAUUCCAUAGCUGAAUUAAAGGCAAUACUGCUGUUAUAGAAAAAAAGAUUGCCCUUGCAAGGACCAGACAGAUCAAGGGAGCAUCAUGGGAGACUUAAAGGGUGAGGCUAGCUUGCAAGUGUGUGAUGGUGUGUUUGGAGUAUUGACAUUCCCAUUGAUGUGUAGUUCUAGAACACGUCUGAAAGCAAUCUCUGCAUCACCUUGAGAAAAGACAUUUCAAGAGGAAACUUGAUCAUUUUCAGCUCUCCCCUCCCCCCGGCCCCUUUUCUGUCAUCUGUCUUCUGUUUGUCGAGUUCACUGUGGAUCCUGUUGUACAGCUGGUAGAUGACUGGACUGUGGUCACCACGCCACCACAGGGUUUUCCCAUUCAGGGUUCUAUGCUUGCUGCCAGCCAGGCACCGUAGGGAGUGGGCCUGGUGGGUGUGAAAGAGGCCGAACGAUAGCUGUAAAAGCCGUGGUCUAGGAGCUGUCCCCACAUGCCACUUGCUGCUCUCCACUCCCUUCAUCUCACGUGGGAUGGUUUACCGGGACUUGGCUAUUCCGGAGCUCUCGUGCCAAGGAGGAUUUGUUGUUUGUUUUUAAGACCUAAAAUCUACACAAAAAUACUGGUUCAACCAUGUGUCAGACACUGGUAGAAAGCUUCUACACAGACCUGUGAAAGUGUGUCAAGGGUCAGGGAGGGGGCGGGCAGGGGAGAAGAGGGACAAGGUAGAGUUGCAUUCGGAAGUUUGGGGAAAUUAAGAAACCAAAUCAGUCGGCUGUGCUUCUGUGCUGUGUGUGUUCUGGAAGGACAUAGUUCUAAAAUUUCCUGUUGAUUGGCAUGUAUAUCUUAUUUAAAGCAAAUUAGGUAGGACAAACCGGUCAGUACAAUUAGAAGUAUUAAAGAGAAUCAUCCUUUUAGUCACAAAUCUUAUUUUGGAGUAAAACAGACCUCUAGCUUUAGCCAGGUGUGCAUGUUGCUGCCAUUUGCAUUUUGAAUCAUCUUGUGUAACUGUCACCAUGAAAGUGUUACUCAGAAUUGUCACGAUUUUUUUCCAUCUUUGUGCGAAAACACGGAAGAUUGUUGCUGACUUUGUGUUGAGGUUCCCCCGUUUUGCUGCCUUUGGGACACUGUUUUCGUUAAAUACUUGGUCUUGGCUGCAUUCUUUUUCCCCCAUGUGGGGUUCAAAAGAAUAAACAUUUUCUUACUGA